GACUUCCUGCUGUGGACGACAAGAAUGGGAAGUUCAGGUAACUAAUUCAGCUGAGUUACAUCCAGUUUUCUUAUGACAACUUGUUGGAAAGCACAAGAGGUUUUUAUGUUCUAGGGGGCAUGAUUUAGUAGGGAAUUACUGGUGGUAGUUGGACUAGGUGAACUUGGAGGUCUUUUCCAACCUUGGUGAUUCUAUGAUUAAGGGCAAUGAGAAAUAAAUUGAUGUUCUUGCUUCAACAGACUACUAUUUUUCUAGUGUAGUAACUGUACUGCUGUCAGAAUUCACAAAAGUGUAAGCUGCUACGCAUCAAUAAAUGGUGCUAAAGGACAUUACAAUUACCAUCAUGAGCUGGUUAACAUGUUAAUAUGGUGGCAUGAAGACAAAAUGGCUGUCUUGCCGCGAGCGAGGAACGGGAGAAAUGGUCCUCUGGGCCAGAGCUAAUGCUUUUUAAAUUGUAUGUUGAAGGAUGCAUCACGGAGCAGUAUAGGAGGAACUGGUUUGGUGCUUGCUGUUGAGAUCAUCUGAUCUUUCUUCGUCCUUUCUCAAGCUGUAUGGCAGCUGAUGACUUUGCCACACUUUCACCACUUAGGUUGGAAUUUUCCAUGGCAAGCAUUGGCCUCCAGAUAAACAGCCAGAAAGUUUUGUAACCUAAAUUGUGUAUUGCUUUCUAGAACCAGGCUGGGGAAAAAGUAGUGUCCUUUUGCUUAAAGUUUUUCCAGUUAUUUGACUGGAAUUUACUACCUUCUUGCUCUCCUCAUAUGCCAUGGGAAGGUAGAUAUAAACCAGGAGGAAGGUUUUGGUUUGAACUUUGCUCUGUUUGGGAAGAUUUGGUCAAUGGCAAAGUUCUGAAAGACUGGCAUCCCAAUCAGAUGGCUGGGGGUGGGGUUGGGAGUAGGUUCUCCUUGCAUUUCCAAAUUGGUACCCAACUUGUGAGGAUGGGACACACACACCACUGUGAUCAGAUGGGGCAGAGGCAGGAGCUGGGAAAAGGAUGCAGGAGGGCAAAACUGUAAAAAUCUGAAGAUGAGGGCUGAGGAACUCGGGGGUUUCAUCGUGAAUCAAUAGUUGAUGAGAGAGAAUUACGACUAGAAGAUGAUUGGAAGGAGCAGAAACCCAGAUAGAGAAUCUCAUCUCAUUGGCAACAAUUCCUCUGGCACCACUAAUUUCAGGAAGGCAGGCUCACCGCUGGCAGUGCUAUUUAAGAUGAAGAGUUCUUCCUGUACCGAUCUGUUUCUUUUGGCAGGGGCUGCUGCUUAUUGAAAAUGGAGGAAAGAAGGAAACUUUCUCCAAGGCCGUGUAAGAACAAAGAGCCUGUGAAAACAGAAUGGGGGUCUCAGAGUGUCGUCUUUACGUAUUUCCAAGGAGAUAUUAACAGCGUGGUGGAUGAACAUUUCUCUAGAGCUCUGAGCAAUGCCAGGAACCCACAAGACCUGAGCACAAAACAUAAGAGCGAGGUUGUCGUCCCGAAGCAUGAUAGCAUGUCUCCUCACCAGUGGAAUUUCUCCUCACAUUGCUCCAAACCAUAUCCAUCAUCCUCCUCUACCAGCAUGUCCAACUCUGCUCUGAAUUUCCCUGCUGUUGCUAUGGCAGGGCAGUACCAGCCAGCAGCUCUGCGUACUCAUCCAGCACCGCCUGCAGACCUCUGGCCCUUCCCUUCCCUUGGCACUCCCAGUCUCACCAGCCCUGUGUAUCAUCAUGCCGUGCCUGACCUGCACGUGGUGGAUGAACCCAUCUCCGACAGGAAAUACGGUUCCCUCCUUGGUCUUCUACAACAGGAACGGUGCCUGAUGUCCAUGCAGGAAUGUGCUGUGAAGCAACACUCAAGUUCUACUUGUAUGACUGGACCUGCUAGAUUACAAAAUAUAAGCCAAAGUUCAGUUCCUGGGGGAGAGAGGAAAGCCAGCUCUUACCAAGGCUCAGAGAACCCCAGUGCAAGCCAUGCCACUGCAGGUAUUCAGAUUCACGACAGAAGACGGGAUUUGUACUUUUAGCCACGGGACAUUUCUACUUUAUUCCAACAAAGUUCUUGCUGUGAACUGUUCCUAUUUGUGACUGUGAAUCCAGAAGAAAUGAACUGCAGCUGUUCUCUGCUUUGUCUCUCAGAUGGAAGAAUACUAUUUACUGUGUUAGGAGUUAAAAAUUGUUCUCUGUUUUCAGUAAAUAUUUCUAAUAGUUGUGGCAUCGAAACUGAUGGACUGUGUUUGUUGUGAAGAAUCACUGUCUGCUUUAUGGCUUUCCACACUUUAUCCCUCUUCGAAAGGACUUUUAGCACUUUUUAAUCACUGUUGAUAAGAAGCACAAUUAUAUCACAGAGGGCUGCAAUGAGCUGCAGCUGCUUAUCUUGAUUUGAUAUCUGUGUAGUGUUUAAAAUAGUUGUAGAUCAUUGGCUUCCAUUGCAAAAAGCUUCAAGACAACCAUGGGCCAGAAAAGCACAAUAUCAUCUUUACUUUUCUUACAUUCUGCAAUUUGUAGCCCAUUACAGCACCUGGGCUGAUAUAACUCAUCUUAGUUCAGCAGCUGUUUAUGGUGCUGGUUAAAAAGUAAAAUAAGAAAAUCCCACCCUGUAUAAUGCAAGUGUACUCUAGUGUAUACAAGAUCUAGCAUAUACAUGAAAAUUUAUGCAAGAGGAACCAUGUUAACUAA